AUGCGCAUGAUAAUCACGUGAGGAUAGGCUCUCAACUCUAAAGCAUGUCUGCUUCAUCUUCUACAAUUCCUUGGCAUCUGUAAACCUAACAUACGAUACGAUACGAUACGAUACAAUUUCAUUGAUUUCCUACUCUGGUAAUCGAAUUUCCAAAUUUCCAAUUCAAUUCACACAAUUCAUCAUCUCAUCUCAAAAGGGUAUUCUUCAAUUUCCCCUCUUGUCAUCAAAAUUUUAUCUCCUCCUCCCCUUUUCACUUCUUGUUCAUUUUAUUUAUAUUUACUCUUAAAACUUUUCUUAUGGCUUUAACUUAAAUUUCUAUGCAAUGGGUCAUUUAAAUAGUAGCAAUAUUAGACACCCAGAUUGGGAAAAUGCAUUAUUUAGCUAUCAAAAUGUUAUAUUUUCAGGUACUGAGUCAAUGAAAGUAAAACUCACAUUAAAGUUAGCCCAUUUAUCAAAAAAUGCACCUGAUCAUGUGUUAAUACAAACAAUCCCAAUUCCUGCUAAACUUCUUGUUAAUACUAGUGAUAGUUUAGAUAAUUCAAUUCAAGAAGCAGCUGCUUAUUGUUUAAAGUGUAUUGCUUGUCAAAAAGAUGGUGUUUUUGCAUCAGUCAUAGGCCAAUCUGGUGUUGUAGAGUCUGUAUUAGCCUUGUUGCCUCAAUCUAGUAAUAGUUUUAGAAGAAUCUUGAUUAAAUUUCUUCAGUGUCUUGUUAAUUUUAAUGAUGUUAAUCGUUUGAUUGUUGUUCGAAAUGGCGGGUUGGAAAUUAUUGUUAGUUUGUUGAACUCGUGUAGUUCUAGUGACGCGAAUAAGGUUUAUUUGUUGGAGAUUUUGAGUGCAUUGGCAUUGUUGAGAGAGGUUAGGAAGGUGAUUAUUCGAUUAGGAGGGCUUAAGUUUCUUGUUGAAGCGAUUAAAUGUGGAAGUAUGGUGUCGAGAGAGAGAGCUUGUCAAGCGGUAGGAUUACUCGGCGUUUCAGGGCGUGCUCGGUCUUUGAUUGUUGCAUUGGGAGCAAUACCUUUGCUUGUUGAGUUACUUCGCGAGAGAGAUGGGAAAACAAAACUUGUUGCUGGUAAUUCGUUAGGUGUGAUAUCGGCUCAUGUAGAUUUUAUUAGACCGGUCGCUGAAGCUGGGGCUAUACCUCUAUAUGCCGAGCUUCUUCAAGGACCUGAUCCUAUCGGCAAGGAGAUUGCAGAGGAUGCGUUUUGUAUAUUAGCUGUUGCCGAAGUGAAUGCAGUUGCUAUUGCUGAGCAUUUGGUGAGAAUUUUACGAGAAGGCGAUGAUGAAUCAAAAAUUGCAGCUGCUGAUGUUUUCUGGGAUCUAGCAGGUUAUAAGCACUCGGUUUCCGUCGUUAGAAACUCGGGUGCAAUUCCUGUCUUGGUUGAGCUUUUAAGAGACGGGAAUGAUGAAGCUAGGGAAAAAGUAUCGGGAGCCGUAGCUCAGCUGAGUUAUAACGAGGCUGAUCGAGCAGUACUCGCUGAUGCGGGAGCAAUUCCGAUUCUGAUUGAAUUAUUGGUUGAUGAGUUGGAGGAAGUGAAGGAGAAUGCUGCUGAGGCACUUGUUAAUUUUGCUGAAGAUCCUGGGCAACGUGCUGUCAUAUCGGAAGCAGUUGGCGUUCCUUCAUUCGACAGUAUGCAAAACAGAAUGAUUCAACUUCGAGUUUCCGAUGAGCAUAUGGUUAGAUCGCUGCGAAGGAUGAGUGUUGGGCAGCUUACAUGGGACUCAAAUUUUGCAUUAUAAGUAGAAUGGUCUUACAUAGUUGGCUUUUUCUAUUAUCAAGUUUCUUCUGUUAUUGGCAUUAUAGAACUUUAUACACAAUGUUGAAUACUGAGAAUAAAUUUUAUACACAGUUUUGAAAA